GCCGCCUCACAACCUACGAGCAAGAAUCGACUGGAAACGCGUGCACGGCUGCAGUCUUUGCUUGUUUCUGCGCGAGUGACGACAACAUAACAGUGUACGGCCGCUGUUGCUACAUAACCUCGUCUCCUUGGUAAGCUCGGGAGACGAGCCAGCGAAGCGUCGCGGCGCUUGGCCAAGCUAACCUACCCGUCUGCCGUGCGUGCCGUGUGCCGCCCGCGUCAGGAAAACAUGGCGGUGGGCACGACGAAGGUCGUCCAGGUGACGAAUAUCGCGCCCCAGGCCACCAAGGACCAGAUGCAGACGCUGUUCGGCUAUCUCGGCAAGAUCGAGGACAUACGCUUGUAUCCGACGAUCCGCGAUGUCGCCGUGCCCGUGCAGUCGCGUAUCUGCUACAUCAAAUUUCACGACGCCAGCAACAUCGCCGUGGCGCAGCACAUGACCAACACCGUCUUCAUUGACCGUGCCAUCAUUGUCAUUCCUUAUCAAAAUAAUGAUAUUCCCGAUGAGCAAAAGGCCCUGGAGCUGACCAAUAACGGCACUGUUGUACCAGGUUUGUACCCUUCUGAGCCAAAGUUACCCGCCAAUGUUGUCAAUUCAAUUGAAGGCAUACCACCUAAUCAUCAAAUUGCUACGUUGGAUCCAAAGUUGGAAGCGAAUGGUCUUCCCCCUUAUCCCAAUCUGCCUGGUCAUCUUGAUGGUCGUCGAAUUGAGGAAAUCAGACGUACUAUUUUGGUUGGGAACCUUGAUUCCAGUACAACAGAACAUAAUAUCAUUGACUUCUUUAGUCAACGUAACAUCGAGGUGAAGUACAUUCGACUCUGCACACGUGACUCGGACCACGAUCAUUAUGCGCUGGUUGAAUUCUCAGAGCAAUCAUCAGUGGUCCCAGCCUUAUUGUACAAUGGAGACAUGCUGAACGAUCGCCCUGUAAAAUUUGGACAUGCUAAUCAGGCUAUCAUCAAACCAGAAGCCAAGAGUAAUGAAGCUGCCCAAAAGGAGAUUGAGGAGGCUAUGACAAGGGUCAAAGAAGCUCAUAAUCUCAUCUCAGCAACUAUAGAUCCUAUGAUAGGCAUGCUUUCUAAAGAUAAAAGAAGUCGCAGCCCAUCUCGAGGUCGAGGAAAAAGCAGGUCGAGAUCCAGGGGUCGUUCCAGGCGUUCACGAUCUCGUAAACGAUCACGUUCGCGACACAGACGUUCGCGUUCUCGAGGACACCGACGACGCUCUAGAUCUCGCUCUACUCGUCGUCGCUCUCGGUCGAGGGAUCGGCGCAAGAGGUCAAGAUCUCGUAGACGAUCAAGGUCUCGCCAUCGUUCGCGUUCUCGCGACAGAAGAUCAAGAUCGCGGGACACUAAACGUUCUAGAUCCAGAAGCAGUCAUAGAAAAAAGAAAUCUCCAUCAUCAAAACGAAAAAGCCGUAGCCGUUCUCGUAGUAAACGUUCCAAAUCUCGCUCAAGGCGUUCACGCUCAAGAAGAUCGCGCUCGAAAUCAAAAACUCACUCGUCCAAAUCGAAGCAUUCAGAGAAGUCACGUGACAAGGAUAAAGACAAGGAUAAGGACAGAGAAUCGCGUCACAAGGACAAAGAAAGUAAUGGCAAAAAACGCAGUGGCAGUAGCGAGAAAAAAUCUCGCGAUAAAGAUCGAGACAAGGAUAGGGACAAGGAAAAAGAUAAAGAUAGAGAAAAAGACAAAGAAAAGGACAAAGAUCGAAAUAGAGAAAAAGAUAAAGACAAAGAUAAAGAUAAAGAUAAGGACAAAGACAAAGACAAAGAAAAAGACAAAGAUAAAGAAAAGGAUAAAGAUAGAGAACGGGAAAAGGAUCGAGAAAAAGAUCGCGACAGAAAAGACAAAGAGGAUAAAAGGAGUGAAGAGAAGCGCCGAAGUGAAGAAAAGAGUAGGGCAAGUUCUGAAGUAAGCGAUAAAGAAAGAGACAAACAUGAUUCCGAGAAUUAGGUUUAUUAAAUAAUUUUCUUUGACUUGUCCUAUUUAAUUCUUAUAUGAGAUGAAUACUUUUUUUAAACUAAAGUUGAUACAUUUUUAUGAUGGAAAAAAUAACUAGCAAUCUAUAUGAAAAUGUAUAGAUUAAAAUUAAAAUUUCAAUUCAUACAAAAUAUUUUUAAUUAAAUGUUACAUUCGAUUUAACUACUUAAUUUACAUUUUGUUGAAAAACAAACAUACUUGAUUAUAAAUACAAGUCAAAGUUUCAUUCAUCGCAUUCUAAGUGGCACUAAUAAUAAUCCUUAGAAACUUUAUAUCAUUAAAUCGUAAAGGACUGUAUUCCACUUAGGAUACUAUUAUGAAAUUUUGGGAAACCAUUUUUUAACUACAUUUAAUUCAAUGAAUUGUUUUUAGUCAUCUUUUUAUCUUCUAAAUAUAAUAAAUUUCAUGAAAAUUAUUCUUAUAACGCUUCAAUACACAUUUUAUGAUUGAAGCAAACGAAAAUGGUCAUCUCAAAACUUCAUUAUAAUAUCAUUAAUGGCUUAUCAUUCACUGAUACAAACAAUUAACUCGAUGAAUAAGUUUAAACAUGAAAUGAAUUAAAAAUUAACCUUAAGUAACAAAAAACAAAA